AUGGCGGUUCUCGUAGUGGUGAACUUCUAAAAGCCAUCCCUGAAAGAGACAUCUGAACCCGCAAUGUCGGAUCAUUUUUACUUGUUUGCUGGUUUAGGAAGCGCUGCUGUAUCAGCUUUAUUCUAUGGUGUGUACAAAAACAGGGAAGGUGCCAUACGAAGCUUGCAGAAUGCAGUAGAAUUUGAAAUUGGAUCACAACUGAGGAAUGCCCUUUUGGCCUCUGACACCCACUCAAUACCUUAUGGUGUUAUCAGAGGAGAGACAAAGCCUCAGAAAUCUAAUGAGGUGAUCAGAAGUUCUCAUGUUGCAGAUGUUACUGGAGUCAUGCAGCGUGUCAGAACACGUGAACAUAAGAGUGAAUGGAGUCGAACAACAAGGCUGUGGCAUGACAUGGAGAGAACUAUCAGCUCAGCAUCAUCUUCAGUUCCAUUCUGUUUGUUUAGAAAUGGUGACUGUGUUAAUGUCAUGGAACCGCUGUCAGCUGAACAACUUACCCUCAAAGUUAUUCAUGACAAGUUUGAACCAGUUAGUAGCUCGGUGGCAGAGUCCUUAGUACAGUGGGCCAGUGGUGACAAGACCAAAGGCUUCCAGACAAUUGAACAGAUGUUACCAGUUGGUACAACUCUCACUGGAAUUGGAGAAAUCACACUUACUGAUGAUGGCAUCAAGAUAGGACCCCCAAAAUCUGGUCUGACUUAUUAUCUAUCUCAAUUCACAUUAGAUGCUAUUGUGAGACAGCUGCAGUCAGGAAAGAAGGUUUGGAAAAUCUUGAGUGCCAUCUUUGCCUUUGGAAGUGGCAUAUUGUUCUUGGUGUCCCUGUUUCUUUAUUUCAAGAGACGGCGUGACAGGGAAGUGGAACUGGACUUGAUGCGGAGAAUGCGAGAGGAGGUGAAUGUUUUGGGUGAGGGUGAAGUAUUAGAUCAGCAAGAAGCCUGUGUUAUUUGCAUGGACAGACAGCGCAAUGUUGUUAUUUUAGACUGUGGCCAUAUUUGUUGCUGUAUAGACUGUGCUCAACGGGUCAACAACUGCCCUGUGUGUCGCCGUGUUAUUGCAAGGUUGAUUCCCACAUUCAAUAGUUGAAACUGAAAGUUCUUGUCUCUACUAAGUUAUUGUGAUAUCAAACUGAGAGUUAGUGUUAAUUCACAUGGAUCACAUGUAGGUUUAAUGGUUCCAAACUCUGCUAAAAUUUCCAGCACCAACCUUUAAAUCACUUUCUAUGGCCUUGUAUUUGGCAAAACUAUGGAACAAGUUUUAACCAGAAGUUUGCAGAGACUAGAAAAAUCUGUAUGUAGCAUGUAUAUUGUAUGUAGUACACUUCAUUGAUUUCAGUGAAUUUUUUUCUUUGUUUAAUUUUUUUUCAAACCAGUUUGUCUUGUAUUUGAUAUGCUAUUCUGAGACAAGGGAAAGUAAGAAACAAACUGGUUUGAAACAUCUUAGAAAAAGAAAAAAAAAUGUUCAACCGCUAAGUGUGCUGUUAUGUUUAGAAUGUUAAGGCUGAAGUAUUUGCAUAGAACCGAAUGAGCAAUGUGGGUUGUGUAACAAUAAUUUAGGUGUGACAGGAAUUAAUAAUGGAAAAGAAAUAAUUUAGUGGUAGUUGGAGUAAACUGACAUUAGGAAUUUGAACACUAUCUAGAUCAAAGGCUCUACAUUUCAUUGGUUUUUGUAGUGGUUCAAAGUGGUAGAAUUGCUUUUGUUCAGUUUAUUUCCUACAUUUACUUGGAGUCAAGUUGUAUUGUAUACUAAUAAAAAGAACAAAGUUAAUGAU